UGCACGAGCCCCGAAAGGAAAAGAGAGAAAAUAAUGACUAUAGCCUGCCGACGCUUUUUUUCUUCUUCUUUCUUUAAAAAACAGCCUGCGGAUGCCUGGACCCUGGACUCCGUCGUGCUCGGCCUCGCGUUCGCGUGAUCGCUCUCAGGCUCCCAGUCCCAGCCCAGGAGCAGCACUCUUGGCGUCUUGCUCUUUAAUUUCCUCGUACGAGACUACAAACACGUCCGCAGUCCGCACACCAAGCGCGGCCUACUCCAUGCAUCACCGCACCACCGGCGACGAGCCGAUCGAGGCGAGCUAGCCCCACGUCGCGCGAACGGUAACACGGAAUGGUCGCCACGUCGGAGGCCGCUCCGCUCCGCGUCUCCGCUUCGGUGGGGAGCAAGCACCACGGCGGCGCAGGGACGCGGGGGCCAGCGACGCGCCGCCGCGCGCGCGACGUUGUCGUGUUCGCGGCCGGCGUCGCGGCGACCCUGCUCGCGCUUGUGGGCACGGCGUCGGUCCUCGACCCCGGCGGGCGCGGCGGCCUGGUCGCCUUGCGCGUCCCCGUCCCCGUUCCCGGCCCUGAGGACGGGCCGCGCACGUUCUACGACGACCCGGAGGUGUCGUACGCCGUGGCGGCGGGCCGGCGCCUCACCGGCUGGGACGCCAAACGCGCGGAGUGGCUGCGCUCGCGCGGGCUCGGCCGCCGGAGCGCGCCGGAGCGCGUGGUGAUGGUGUCCGGGUCGCAGCCGGAGCCGUGCCCCGGCGGCGCGGGCGACCACCUCAUGCUGCGGUUCCUCAAGAACAAGCUCGACUACUGCCGCCUGCACGGGAUCGAGCUGCUCUACAACAGGGAGUUCCUGCACCCGGCCAUGGGAGGCUACUGGGCCAAGAUCCCCAUCGUCCGCGCCGCCAUGCUCGCCCACCCGGACGCGGAGUGGGUCUGGUGGGUGGACUCCGACGCCGUCUUCACCGACAUGGACUUCUCCCUGCCCCUCGCCAAGUACGGCGGCCGCAACUUCGUCGUGUAUGGCUGGCCCGACAAGUUCUUCGUGAGGAAGUCGUGGCUGGGGCUGAACGCCGGCGUGUUCCUCAUCCGCAACUGCCAGUGGUCGCUCGACUUCAUGGACGAGUGGGCGCGCAUGGGCCCCGCGUACCCGGAGGACCACGCCCGGUGGGGGGAGGUGCUCAGAGCCACGCUCAGCGACAAGGACUCCGACGUGGCGUGCGACCAGUCCGCGCUCGUGUACCUGCUCCUCAACAACUGGGAGAGGCCGGGGAAGAAGACCUUCGUCGAGACGGAGUACUUCUUCCAGGGCUACUGGAAGGAGGUCGUGGACCGCCUCGAUGGCGUCGCCGCGCGGUACGAGGCCGUCGAGCGGCGCUCGCCGGGGCUCCGGCGGCGGCACGCGGAGCAGGAGCACCUGCGCUACGCGGGGGCGCGAAACGCGGCCUUGAGGGGCGUCGUACCGGGGCCGGCCGGUGGCGGGGAGGUGGGGUGGCGGCGGCCGCUCAUCACGCACUUCGUCGGCUGCCAGCCCUGCAGCGGCGGUCGGAACCCGAUGUACUCGAGGGAGAGCUGCGACGACGGGAUGCGCCACGCGCUGGGGUUCGCGGACGACCAGGUGCUCCGCGCGUACGGGUUCCGCCACGCCGCCCCGCUCAACGACAGCGUGCGGGGGCUGCCGUUCGAUUACCCAGCUGCGCACGCGCGCAACGAUUGAUCGCAAUUCAUAAUUCACAAGCGGCGAGAUGAGAGCUGGAGAUGUAUAUCGUACACGCCUACGCGGGUAAAGGAAAUGGGCCAAUUUGGGCCUCAAUUGUAUCGUGUUUAUAGUUUCGAAUAAGGGGACUGCUAUUUAGCUGGCGCCUGUUUUUUUUUUUCCAAAUUUAAAUUCGUUUGCCACCAAACCAACUCUAAGAUAUGUAAGCAGAGGGUCAUUCUAAUUAGUUUUUAGUCCUGAUC